GGGCGGUUGAGACCGUCGCCAUGAUGGCGGGGGGGGAGGAAGGAGGGAGGGAGGAAGGAAGACUGGUUAUCGCAUGCAACGAAAGCGUGGGUAAUUGCCGACCGAUAAAUUGGCGGGGGUUUUUUGGAUGGAAAGAGCGAUCAAGGAUGAUUAGUUGCACUAGUAGAUAGCCAAUAGGUGGGACAGAUUAUUAAGUGCAAGGGCCAAUCUUAAGGACAAUCAGAAACCGAGAACGAUAAGAGAAGAGUCAAGUAAGUAAGUAGUAGUCCGUGAAAUAGGAAAUCAAAAGUAGGAAGAGUUAGUGAACAGUGAUCCGCGAUCAGUGAUGCCCAACCACAGAAAAACGGGAUGGGCAGGUCCCAGGAGGGGAUUAGAAUUAGGGAAGGACUAUGGCAAAAGAAGGUCGAUGUAGAUGGACGAAGACAUAAUAGAAAAAGCGGCGAUGUCGCACAGUCAGAUGGAGUAACGAAUGAGGGUCCUCAUGCAGCGGAAGGGGAAAGAGAAAGAAACCCCUCCAUGGGAAAAACUGGCGAGAGUGAUGAGAAGAAGAAGAAGAGAGAGUGAGUGAGUGAGUUGGUGAGGAGAGAGGCGGAGAAGGAGGAGGAGAAAGGAAAAGAGGAGAAGUAGAAGGUUAAGCAGCGACGGUGAUGGCGAUAAAUCAAUCAAUCAAUCAAUCCAUCAAUGGAUCGAUCGGAUCGUAAGACGCGUUUCUGAGGGGAAGGGCCCAGACACACACACACACACACAC